AUGGACAUUACGCUGCCAUUAUUUCCGCAGUUUGACCUGGAAACAGACAAAAUCAACGCAGGGCCCCGAUGGGACAGGUGGAUAGGACGCCUGGAAAAUUUGUUUAUUGCUCUGAAAUUAGUGAAUCCAGUGGUGCCCGACGGCGAGGAACCUGAUCAGAACGUGAUCAAGGGUAUAGACGAUAGAAAAAGAGCCUUAUUGUUACAGUAUGUCGGCGAGAGAACGUACGGUAUAUACGAGGCGCAGAAGGGGACAACAACUCCAGAUUACAGCGGUACAAAAAAGGUACUUACUGAUUAUUUUCGCCCUAGAAAGAACACGCAAAUGGAGAUAUAUAACUUCCGUUGCUACAAACAAAAAGAAGGCCAGUCCCUUGAUGAAUUCCUGACAGAACUUCGAAAACUAGCGAAAAACUGUGAAUUUGCUGACACAGACAGUGAAAUUUUGUCACAAAUUAUUCAGAACUGUAGAUCUAAUCAGUUAAGACGAAGGGCACUGAGAGAAGCUGAUAAGACUCUUGAUGAAAUUAUUCAGCUUGGUCGUGCAAUGGAAAUCUCGGAUUCGCAAGCUACAGCAAUGGAGAGGCUAGACACAGCGAGUGUAAACAAAGUGUUUAACAAACGACCAAACCGACAUCACUCAAAACCAGUAAAGCAACAAAACCAUGUCUCGAAACCAAAACACAAAGGACAGUGUUGGAAUUGUGGUGGACCUUUUCCACACUCGGACCGUCCAUGUCCAGCAAAAGGACAAAAGUGUCACGACUGUCAUAAAGUAGGACAUUACAGAAAAAUGUGUCGCAAUAAGAAACCUCAGAAAGUGAGAUUAGUCAACAAAGAGGACAAUAACCAAGACUAUAAUGACAGUGAUUCGGAUGGUUAUUGUUAUGGAGUUAAACUCAUUGGACGCACAGAGAGUAUCAACACGGUGCGAGGUCCUUAUGUUACAGUGAACUUGAACAACAAGAAACUUAAACUGUUAGCUGACAGUGGAUCCUCUGUGAACAUUCUAGAUGAGACAGAUUAUGAGAAGAUCGGGGAACCAGCCUUACACAAAGGAAAAACGCAUGGAAAAUUAGUUCCAUAUGGUGUAAAGGACACAAUUAAAGUGCUCGGCACAUGUGAUGUUAAGAUUGAAGCUCCACAGAAGUUUACUGUGUGUACAUUCUAUGUAGUGAAGGGGAGAGGAGGAUCCCUACUAGGAUACCCUACUGCGAGUGAACUGAACAUUAUUAAAGUGAUCAACAAAGUCGAAACACUUGGAAGUAAUGUUGAGAAUGACUUUCCUCAUCUGUUCAGAGGAAUAGGUAAAUUCCGAGGACAGCAAGUGAAGAUUCAUAUUGAUGAAUCAGUACCUCCAGUAGCACAGAAACCCCGGAGGACUCCAUUUCUUCUACGCAGUAAAGUUGAAAAAGAGAUUCAACAUCUACUAGACACAGACAUUAUCGAAAAGGUUGAAGGCGAACCAACCCCAUGGAUCUCCCCCAUAGUUACUCCGCCCAAAAAGAAUGGUGAAGAUAUACGCCUCUGCAUUGACAUGAGAGAGCCAAACAAAGCUGUACGCAGAGAGAGACAUACUAUGCCCACAAUUGAAGAACUAAUUUUGGAUCUGAAUGGAGCAAAAGUUUUCAGCAAACUUGAUCUCCGCAGUGGAUAUCAUCAAUUAGAGCUACACCCUGAUUCACGAUUCAUUACUACCUUCAGUACACACCUUGGCAUUUACCGAUAUAAGCGUUUAAAUUUCGGGAUAUCUUCAGCAUCAGAAAUAUUUCAUGAGACAAUCCGACAAGUUAUUCAGGACAUCCCGGGUGCGAGAAACAUUUCUGAUGACAUAGUAAUAUUCGGCACAGAUCUCCAGCAGCAUGACAGAGCUCUUCAGAAAGUCUUACAGCGACUCUCCGAUAGUGGACUUACCCUUAACCAGAAGAAGUGUGAGUUCCGAACGAAACGGAUUUCCUUCUUUGGUGUUGUAUUCUCGGAUAAAGGCAUAUUCCCAGAUCCAGAGAAAGUAAAGGCUGUGAAGGAGUUCGGUCGACCUGAUAAUGUCAAGGAACUAAGGAGUUUCCUGGGAAUGACAAACUACAGCUCACGCUUUAUCAAUGACUAUGCCGAUAUAUAUCAACCCUUAAGAGAACUUACCCAUAAUAACGUUCAGUGGCACUGGAGUCCAAAGUGUGAGGAAGCUUUUCGUAAGCUGAAGGACAGUCUGUGUGGAGACACCGUCAUAUCGUAUUAUGACCCUUCAAAAGCAGUUACAGUGAGAGUUGAUGCUAGCCCAGUGGGGUUAGGCGCCAUCCUUUUACAAGAGGACAACAAAGUUGUCUGCUACGCAAGCAGAGCUUUAACCCCUGUUGAGUCAAGAUACAGCCAAACCGAGAGGGAAGCCCUAGCAGUUACUUGGGCAUGUGAACACUUUGACCUUUACCUGAGAGGCUUGCAUAACUUUACCAUAAUCACUGACCACAAGCCUCUAGAGACCAUUUGGAAAAAGCCGCGACCACCACUCCGCAUCGAAAGGUGGGGACUACGCUUACAACCGUACAAGUUUACAAUAAAAUAUUCACCUGGAAAGGAUAAUAUGGCAGACUACGUUUCAAGACACCCUGUUCAGCCAGCAACAGAUGCGAGAGAUUUGUCAGAAGAGUAUGUGAACUUCAUCGUCCUGGAGUCUUUGCCACGGGCAAUAGAAUUAGAUGAUGUGAAACAAGCCACACUAAAUGACAUUACUUUACAGAAGGCCAUUGAGUUUACUAGAAAUGGUGACUGGUACAAGAUGAAGACUCUGAAACAGGACGAAGCAGAUUUCGAGGAACUGACAGCAAUCAGCUCAGUGCGCGACGAACUUACUGUUCACAGUGAUAACAUUCUGCUACGUGACACACGCAUUAUCUUACCAAAAGCCCUUCGUGACAGGGCUAUAGACAUUGCACAUGAGGGUCAUCAGGGGAUGGCAAGAACAAAAGCUUUUCUUAGGUCAAAAGCAUGGUUUCCUGGCAUGGAUGGGAGAGUUGAAAAUCGUGUCACAAACUGCUCAGCCUGUCAACUCCUUACUCCUGAACGUCAUACCAUGGAGCCGUUGAAAAUGUCGGAACUACGUGGUGGACCUUGGGAGAAUUUGAGUAUCGACUUCUGUGGACCAUUACCCAGUGGAGACUAUUUAUUUGUGAUAAUUGACGAGUAUUCACGUUACCCAGUAGUCGAGAUUGUAAAAUCCGUCUCUGCUAAGUCCGUCAUACCUGUAUUGGACAAAGUUAUCAGUGCAUAUGGGAUACCCAAGAUAAUAAAGAGUGACAAUGGAAGCCCAUUCCAAUCAUACGAAUUCAGAAGAUAUGCAGAACAUAUGGGGUUUAUCCAUCGGAGGAUAACACCACGAUGGCCCAGAGCCAAUGCUCAAGCCGAAAGUUUUAAUAAGCCGUUGAUGAAAGCUGUGCGCUCCGCUCAUAUUGAGGGACUUAACUGUCGGCAAGAGUUGUAUCGCUUUCUCAGACAAUAUCGUGCCACGCCACACUCAUCUACAGGACGUACACCUUUCAUGUUACUGUUCAAUCGGGAUCCGAAGACAAGGUUACCAGUAACCACUCACAGAGAUUCGGCUCCGAACGACUUUCAAGUUAGAGAGAAAGAUAGCAAGAAGAAAUUCGACAUGAGAAGUUAUGCAGACAAGCGAAAUCAAGCAAAGGAAAGAGACAUUAGUGUAGGAGAUUCCGUCGUGAUGAAAAAUGAAAAACGUGGUAAGAUGCAGCCAUACUUUUCAUAUGAGCCAAAAAUCGUUACGGACAAGAAAGGAUCCAUGAUCACCGUGGACAGGGAAGUAACACGCAACAUGUCACAGUUCAAGAAAAUCAAUUCAGCAGUGAAUGAAGAGUUGGAGAACAGAGCAAGGAUGCAGGAGAAUAAUCAUGAGGAAAUCGAGUUAGCGAUGCACAGUUCUAAAGCGGAUUUAGAAGAUAGUGUUGUGAAACAGUCCAAGACCAGUCCAUCUGUGAAGAACACAUCUCAGAAACCUGUUGUGCAACCCUUGAGGCGAAGCCAAAGAUCGAAACAGCUUCCUGUAAAUCUUAAAGAUUUUGUGUUAAACUGA